CCGGCGCCGAGUUCUGGACUCAGCGGCGCGGUUCGGAGUUUGCAUUUUCUCCCGCUCCGCGCAGCCGGCGCGCUCCAGCCAGAAUACUCGAAUCUUCAAUGGCAGGAAAAGGAGUGACCAGAAGACCGAGAUGAAUUUGAACACUAUUCUAGAAGAGAUUCUUAUUAAAAGAUCACAGCAGAAAAAGAAAACAUCGCCUUUAAACUACAAAGAGAGGCUUUUUGUACUAACGAAGUCCAUGUUAACCUAUUAUGAGGGUCGAGCAGAGAAAAAAUACAGAAAAGGAUUUAUUGAUGUUUCAAAAAUCAAGUGUGUAGAAAUAGUGAAGAAUGACGACGGUGUCAUCCCCUGUCAAAAUAAAUUUCCAUUUCAGGUUGUUCAUGAUGCUAACACACUUUACAUUUUUGCACCCAGUGCACAAAGCAGGGACCAGUGGGUGAAGAAGUUAAAAGAAGAAAUCAAGAACAACAAUAAUAUUAUGAUUAAAUAUCAUCCUAAAUUUUGGGCAGAUGGAAGUUAUCAGUGUUGCCGACAAACUGAAAAACUGGCACCUGGAUGUGAAAAAUACAAUCUUUUUGAGAGUAGUAUAAGAAAAGCAUUACCUCCAGCACCAGAAACAAAGAAGCGAAGGCCUCCCCCACCAAUUCCACCUGAAGAAGAAGAUAAUAGUGAAGAAAUAGUUGUAGCUAUGUACGAUUUCCAAGCAACAGAAGCACAUGACCUCAGAUUAGAGAGAGGCCAAGAGUAUAUCAUAUUAGAAAAGAAUGAUGUUCAUUGGUGGAGAGCAAGAGAUAAAUAUGGGAGUGAAGGAUAUAUCCCAAGUAAUUAUGUAACAGGAAAGAAAUCAAACAACUUAGAUCAAUAUGAAUGGUAUUGCAGAAAUAUGAAUAGAAGCAAAGCAGAGCAACUCCUCAGAAGUGAAGAUAAAGAAGGUGGUUUUAUGGUAAGGGAUUCCAGUCAACCGGGCAUGUACACAGUCUCCCUUUAUACGAAGUUUGGAGGAGAAGGCUCAUCAGGUUUCAGGCAUUAUCAUAUAAAGGAAACAACAACAUCCCCAAAGAAGUAUUAUCUGGCAGAAAAACAUGCAUUUGCUUCAAUUCCUGAGAUCAUUGAAUACCAUAAGCAUAACGCAGCAGGACUAGUCACAAGGCUGCGCUACCCAGUUAGUGCAAAGGGAAGGAAUGCACCAACCACUGCAGGAUUCAGCUAUGAGAAAUGGGAGAUUAACCCUUCCGAGCUGACUUUUAUGAGGGAAUUGGGGAGUGGACUCUUUGGAGUGGUGAGGCUUGGCAAGUGGCGAGCUCAGUACAAAGUUGCGAUCAAAGCUAUUCGGGAAGGUGCAAUGUGUGAGGAAGACUUUAUAGAAGAAGCUAAAGUGAUGAUGAAACUGACACACCCGAAGUUAGUACAGCUAUAUGGUGUUUGCACCCAGCAGAAACCAAUUUACAUUGUUACGGAGUUCAUGGAAAAGGGUUGCCUUCUGAAUUUCCUCCGACAGAAACAAGGUCUUUUUAAUAGAGACUUGCUCCUGAGCAUGUGUCAAGAUGUGUGUGAAGGGAUGGAGUACCUCGAGAGAAAUAGCUUCAUCCACAGAGAUCUGGCUGCUAGAAAUUGUCUAGUAAAUGAGGCAGGAGUUGUGAAAGUAUCUGAUUUUGGAAUGGCCAGGUAUGUUCUAGAUGAUCAGUACACAAGUUCUUCUGGUGCUAAAUUUCCUGUGAAGUGGUGUCCACCUGAGGUGUUUAAUUACAGCCGCUUUAGCAGCAAAUCAGAUGUCUGGUCAUUUGGUGUUUUAAUGUGGGAGGUGUUCACUGAAGGCAGAAUGCCCUUUGAGAAAAACACCAACUAUGAAGUGGUAACCAUGGUUACUCGAGGCCACCGACUCUACCGGCCAAAGUUGGCAUCCAAAUAUAUAUAUGAGGUGAUGCUGAGAUGUUGGCAAGAGAAACCAGAGGGAAGGCCUUCCUUUGAAGAUUUGCUGCGCAAAAUAGAUGAACUAGUUGAAUGUGAAGAAACUUUUGGAAGAUAAGAAGUAUUGUGAUCGGUGGCUUCCAGAUUCCAAAGCACAAGGAAGAAAUGGCACUUUGUGGCUAACUUUUAAUUUACUUAGCACUCGGAUGCCUCGACUGUUUUACUUACGAACUGGAAGCACCUGAAGCAUCUGCUAUUAAAACAUCCUUAGCUCCAUAACUGAAUCUUCCAUAUUAUGGAAAUACUGCCUUAGAGUUGCGAUUAAAAGCGCUCACUUUAAUCCAUUCCACAGGGCUUGAGUGCCCACAUAGGUACCAUGCCUUGGCCCCAGGGUUUGCCCAUUUGAGGGGUGCACAUGGGUCCAUGUUAGCUGGUACCAUUGGAAGACCAGGGUAUUGGGGGAGGGGAAGGGUAUUAGAGCCAUGUUCCUGUAACCCUUGUCUUCCUUCUGACAUCUACAGAAAUCUAGGCCUGGGGCAUUGUCUAGAAUAUGGAUUCUGGAGGAACCAUGAACCCACUUUGGAUAAGUACCCAUCUUUGGUUUUGAAAAUAUGUUUUCAAGACUGCCAUGAGUAUUACAUUACAAAACAUUUGUAUGUUGUAUAUAUUGUAAAUAUAUAUAAUAUAUAAAGUUAUAUAUUUAUAAGAAA